AUGUCAACAGCAGUCCCCAUCAAGAAGCCGCCAACGCGGCCCCAGAGGCCGGUGGCGAGGCUGGACAGUAUCAAAAACCCUCAGCCUCGUCCACCUCCGGGGCCUAAAAAAUUUCAAUCUCAAGAAUGUCCUAAUCCAGAUUGUAAUGAGAAAAAGGGGGUCGAAGAAGACGGCAAGCUAAUUUGCAGUGCAUGCGGAUCUGUAAUUGAUGAGCUGUCCAUGGUCUCCGAAGUCACCUACGGUCUUGCAACCGGCGGUCAACAUGUUGUCCAUGGUUUCCACGUUGGUGCUGAUCAAGCGUUUGCAAGUAGAGGAGACGUGGUCGACAAGACGAGAGCCGCCACCAGCCAAGAUCUGACGGCACAAUAUGGCCACAACCACAUUGUCAGAAUCGGUACAACAUUGCAGAUGAAUGCCCAGAUCAGAGACCACGCCAUGCAGAUCUACCAGUUGGCCAUUGGUCCCUGCGGUUUCAUUCAAGGUCGUAGGAUUAAGAGUGUUGCUGCAGUCGCUCUAUAUAUUGCCUGCCGAGUUCAGACCCACCCCAACACCUUCAUGCUGAUUGAUUUCUCGGAUAUUUUGGGGCUCAACGUCUUCAACCUUGGUCAUGUGUAUACCAAGUAUCUUCAAUUUCUUGCUCUCAAUGGCAAUGGCUUUAUCGUCCAGCCAAUCAAUCCUGAAGACCUUAUUCUUCGUUUCGCUCAGCGUCUCGAAUUUGGAUCUGAAACCAUGCGUGUCGCUAAUGACGCGGUCCGUAUCGUCCAACGUAUGAAUCGUGACUGGAUGACUCCUGGUCGUAGGCCAGCCGGUGUCUGUGGGGCUGCCUUGAUAUUGGCCUCACGCAUGAACAAUUUCCGUCGAAGCGUUCGAGAAGUGGUUUUUGUGGUCAAAGUGCAGGAGCAGACCAUUUUCAACCGCCUCGACGAAUUCAAGGCUACCGAGAGCGGUGCAUUGACUGUUGAAGAGUUUCGAACCAUCGAUCUUGAGCGUACAGCUGACCCACCAGCAUUCACACAGGACAACGAUGGUAAGAAGAAGCGCGGUCGAAAACCGAAGCAGAUCGACGCCAAUUUUGGCGAUGAUGGGGAUGGAGUCGAACCAACAGUGAUUUCGUCAAGAGCAACAUCCACUUGCCCAUCGGAAACCAACGGCCAAUCAAACACUCCAGCAAACACGCAAAACCAAGCUCAGCUUGACAGCCAAAGCAUGCCACCUCCACCGUUGCCCAUCGAUCCCAGUCUACUCGCAGCAUCUCCUCAGCGUUCUUCCCAAAAAGACUCGUCUCCGGCACCAGGAAAUGUGACCUCUACCCUUGAAGGGUCUGCAGUUGAAAUCUCUGGCGUCAAAGCAACGACCGAAACUACAGCUAAACGCAAAAGAGGGCGCCCAGCAGGAGCUAAGAACCUGAAAACGCCCCCAGCUAGUCAAACCUCCGACAACUCAUCCUUAAAUGCCAACGAUCCGUCACUUGGCUCUGAUAUUACUGCUGCACUUACAAACCCUAUGGACCUUGACCAUGCCACGGCUCUCACCUCAGCCCUCGAAUCCGCAGCUGAUCCACCCUCUCCUCCAGCAACCCAGCAAAACCUUCCCGUCAAGUCUCGCUUCCCCAUCCCGGACACAGAAAUGAUCUCCGACAGCGAAUUUGCGGAUGAUCCCGAAGUGUCCAAUUGCCUCCUAACGCCUUCCGAGGUUGCUAUCAAAACCCGUAUCUGGACGCACGAAAAUCGAGACUACCUGCGUGCCCAAUGCGCCAAGAUCCUCAAACAACAACUCGCCGAGGAGAGUGGCACUGCUCGAGUCAUUAUCCGUCGGCGACGACGCAAAAAGCGAAUAGGCGAUAUGACUGCGUAUAUCGGAGAAGAUGGGCAAGAGGGAAUGCCUGUGGCGGGCAGUCCCCAGGAGGCAGUCAUGAAAAUGAUGGGGAAGCGUGGAUUCAGUAAGAAAAUUAAUUAUGGAAAUAUUGCGAAUACCUAUGGGGGCAGCUCGAGCAGUACGAGUAGGAGAGGGAGUGAUGCGAUCUUGGCUGGCAGUCCUGGGAGUGGAGUGGAGAUGUCGGGGGCGUUGCAAGUUGCGAGCCCUGGGAGCAAGAACGGAGCCGUUGAUGCUGAAAAGGAGGAGGGCGGGGAUGGUGAAGAAGAUGCUGGUGAGGGUGGAGGGACUGCCAAUCCAGACGAGCAGAAGGCGCUUGACAGUAUCGCAGGGGAGUUGGAAGAGGAAGGGAUUAAUGAAAGCAGUGAUGAAGCGGACGAUGAAGAUCCUUAUGGCAACGACGAGGGCAAUGUGGUCUACGAUUCUGAUUGA